AUGGCCCGAGGUGUACGCAAUAUGGCCCAGCUGGGAACAUACUAUCGGACGGCUACUGGGCCUCGAACUGUCCCAUUAUACGACCCUAAAGGUCCCCGUCUUCCGGAGUGGAUAGAUAUUGGAAGCGUUCAUGUCAACUCCAGAGAUGCUGACUCUGUCAUAUUUACACCGCAUUGCAGAUUCUGGACUGAUACCUUAGAGGAUGAUGACGCGGAUGCAUCCUGGCGUGAGGACGCCGAAGCUUUCUACUGCUUCAAAACUUCUUAUGCCUAUAACAUGAUUGGUGAAGAGCACCCCAGGAUCGUGCCUGUUAUUGGCCAAGACGCUUGGACAGGUCUUCCAAUCCUUCCGAAACCGUCAUAUAGCAAUCUUGAUCACUUCCUUGGGAACUACGGUACUCAACUCUUCGCUUCGCAAGAGGGUUGUGCACCUCCAAAUCGCCGUCUGAAGCCGGAGUUCAGACCUCUGGCCUACCAGUGGAGCUUGCAGCUACUUUCAGCCCUCUCGCUGAUCCAUUCUCGUGGUAUUGCCUACGGUGAAAUCACCGAGGAGAACUGUUGGCUCACCACAGGGUCUCUAUCAAUCGCGCUGGCAGGCUUUAUAGGUGCUGACUUCCAGGACCCAAGCAAUGGUUGGAACCUUCCCGGUCACUUCUACAGCGGCAUUGAGUUUUCGCCGGACCACCUCCCUUGGGAGCGAAGGGAGAAGUAUCCGACUCGCAAAACCGACAUGUUCGUGUUUGGAAGAUUGGUAUAUGAGUUCAUGACUUCUCAAAUGCCCGGUAACGGUUUAGGAAGAGAUUGGGGCGAGACUGAACGCUUGGUGGAGGAGGAAGACUGGAUGCCUGAUCUUGAGGAUGAGUUUAUGGGGAAGAUUGUUCACAAGUGCUGGAAGCUUGAGUAUGAGGAUGUUGAAGAGCUUCAGCGUGAGGUGCAGGCUUUCAUUGAAGCACAGGGUUGGUCUAUUAAGGGAGAUGAACUGGAGGGUUUUGACGCUAACAGUAUUCAACGCGAGCUUGAGGCAAAUUUCGUCCCGACAGAAGAGGAAUAG